AUGAGGAUUCACACUGGUGAAAAGCCAUUUUCAUGUGGUAACUGUGGGAAAAGUUUUAGUCAUAAACUGUGUUUAACUCAGCACAUGAGGAUUCACACUGGUGAAAAGCCUUUUUCAUGUGGGAACUGUGGAAAAAGUUUCGUAAAAAAAAAAAAUUUAACUCAUCACAUGAUGAUUCACACUGGUGAAAAACCGUUUUUAUGUGUGAACUGUGGAAAAAGUUUUAGUCAAAAACGGGCAUUAACUCAUCACAUGAUGAUUCACACUGGUGAAAAGCCGUUUUUAUGCGUGAACUGUGGAAAAAGUUUUAGUCAAAAACAGAGUUUAACUCAGCACAUGAUGAUUCACACUGGUGAAAAGCCUUUUUCAUGUGGAAUCUGUGGAAAAAGUUUUAGUCAAAAACAAACUUUAAUUUAUCACGUGUUGAUUCACACUGGUGAAAAGCCGUUUUCAUGUGUGAACUGUGGAAAAAGUUUUCGUCUAAAACAGCAUUUAACUCGGCACAUGAGGAUUCACACAAUUGAAAAGCCGUAGAAGUAUUUUCCAUUUGUGUCUCAUGUUGAGGUUCACUAUUAAAUGUAUUUGGUUAAAAACUAAAAUUAAUGACUGGAGGGAUUUCAUGUCUAUACAUUUUGACAUUUGGAUAUUUAGACAUGUGAAACAUUUCCGUGAGAGAUGUGGUUUUUUUUCUAUUCUGCAUCAAAUAUCAUGACAAACUGUAUUCUUAUUCUAUA